GCGGGGGCGAAGCUCGGGAGCGAGCCGAGCCGCGCGUGCGGUCGGGCUCCGGCAGGAGUUGGUGAGAGGCGUACAACUAGAAGUAUUAUAUAAGGCUGCCAGCUUAAUAAUGAAUCUGGAGAAACCUUCUGUGUGGGGAUCACUGAAACAAAGGACAAAGCCUUUGUUACAAAACCUGAGCGUCAGAAGGACUAAAAAAAGCUCAGCCAAAUUGAUAGAAAAAAGACAGAAACAUCCUUUAGAUCGGCGACUUAGUUCCUCGGUGCCGGAUGUGCUGAACAUAGAAACAAAUACUGAGGAAGAGACACACUAUUCACGGUCCAAAGUCAUGUCUACUUACUUCACGAGCGGCUUUUCUGCCAGUGAGAUAUUUCUUCAAAGCAGUAGUAGCUCUUCCACGGUGCAGACGGAGGAAGAAUGGCAGUGGAGUAAGGGGGAGACCGUCUGCUCGGAAAUUGGGGUUCAGGAAACUGAAGAGUUGGUGGUUGGUGGUCCAGAUUUGGAGGCAAGGCGGAAGUCCAGUGAAGAUUUCUUUGAGCUGCUGCGAAGGAACAGUUUCAGCACUGACCUUGCGGAAGAUGCACUUGAGCAAUCAUAUGGAAAUUCCAGCCUUGACUCCUCAUAUUCUUCUCACCUAUCUGAGGAGCAGUCUAGUCUUGAGGGAGGCAAUGAUGGUUUGAGUAAACCGAGUUCCUUUGCAUAUCUGUUGAUGAUACACCUGAAAGAAGGCAGGAACCUGGUCGUCCGUGAUCGCUGUGGUACGAGUGAUCCAUAUGUGAAGUUUAAGCUGAAUGGGAAGACCCUGUAUAAAAGCAAAGUGAUCUAUAAGAACUUGAAUCCAGUUUGGGAUGAAACUGUUGUGCUUCCAAUACAGUCUUUGGAUCAGAAACUCUGGGUGAAGGUGUACGAUCGAGACUUGACUUCUUCUGAUUUUAUGGGUUCAGCAGUUCUAAUGCUUCACAAACUGGAACUGAACAGGACUACUGAGAGGAUCCUAAAACUGGAAGACCCGAACAGCUUGGAGGAUGACAUGGGUGUGAUUGUGCUGAAUUUGAGACUUGUGGUGAAACAGGGCGAUAUUAAAAGAAAUCGAUGGCCAAACCGAAGAAGAUGUUCUGCACCAAAGGCAAGCUUCAUGAGAACCAGCAGGCUGGUAGACACGUUGCAAAAAAACCAGUUGUGGAAUGGAACAGUUACCAUUGCUUUACUGGAAGGAAGGAACAUUCCCAUGGGGGGCAUGACACAAAUCUUUGUUUUGUUGAAAAUGGGCCGGGAAAAAUUCAAAAGCAAGACACUGUGUAAGAGUGCAAAUCCACAGUGGAGGGAACAGUUUGAUUUUCACUACUUCUCUGACAGGAAGGAUGUAUUGGAGAUUGAGAUCUGGGGGAAAGAUAACAAAAAGCAUGAAGAAAUUUUGGGAAUAUGCAAAGUCGAUGUCGGAGGACUCCCUGACAAACAGGCCAACCGUUUGGAAUUGCCCCUGGAGAAACAGCCUGGAUUUUUGGUGGUGGUGAUCUCUGUUGCACCUUGCUUAGGGGUGUCUAUCUCUGAUUUGUGCGUCUGUCCCCUGGGAGACCCCAAUGAAAGAAAGCAGAUUUCCCAGCGUUAUAGUUUAAGGAACUCUUUCCAAAACAUCAAGGAUAUGGGAUUCUUGCAAGUCAAACUUUUAAAAGCUGUUGAUCUGCUAGCUGCAGAUUUUUCGGGCAAAAGCGAUCCCUUCUGCAUACUGGCGUUAGGGAACAGCAGACUUCAGAGUUACACCAUUUACAAAAACCUCAACCCAGAGUGGAAUCAGGUCUUUACUUUCCCUGUUAAAGACAUUCACGAUGUUCUGGAAGUAAUGGUGUUCGAUGAAGAUGGAGAUAAGCCGCCUGACUUUCUUGGAAAAGUUGCCAUUCCUUUGCUGUCUAUUAAAAAUGGGCAGCAGAGUUGCUAUGUGUUAAAGAAUAAAGAUCUGGAGCUUCCAUCCAAAGGCAUGGUCCACUUGGAGAUAGAGGUCCUGUUUAAUCCUGUAAAGGCAAGCAUUAGAACCUUUUCUCCACGUGAGAGGAGAUUUUUAGAAGACAAUCGCAAGUUUUCUAAGAAGAUCUUAUCAAGAAACGUGGAUCGUGUGAAAAGAAUCUCCAUGGCAAUUUGGAACACAAUACAGUUCCUUCGAAGCUGCUUUCUCUGGGAAUCUCCCAUAAGAAGCUUGAUAGCUUUUGUGGUGUUUGUGACCACAGUGUGGAAUUUUGAGCCAUACAUGGUGCCGUUAGCAUUGUUGAUGCUCUUUGGGUAUAACAUCUCCCUGAGCAGUCCUGACAAAGCCUUAAUCAUACAAGAUCCCCAGGACUGCAUUAUUGUAGAAGAGGACGAGGAUGAUGACGACAAGGAAUCUGAAAAAAAGGGUUUAAUAGAAAGAAUCCACAUGGUCCAAGACAUUGUUAUAACAGUCCAAACACUUUUGGAGGAAAUAGCUUCUUUUGCAGAAAGGAUAAAAAAUACAUUCAACUGGACUGUUCCUUUCCUCUCUGCUUUGGCUUGUUUAGUGCUCACAAUAGCAAUGAUUGUGCUAUAUUACAUACCGUUACGGUACAUCGUUUUAAUAUGGGGCAUAAAUAAAUUUACAAAGAAGCUAAGGAAUCCGUAUACCAUUGACAAUAAUGAGUUCCUAGAUUUCCUCUCCAGAGUCCCAUCUGAUGUUCAGAGGGUGCAACAUGCUGAAUUGAAACCGUACAGCAGUUCCAGUCCCAUUAGGAAGAAAAGGAGUGGCUUGUAGGAUGUGAACCUUGGAAUGUGGAGUGCCUCUUCCCGGAUGCUGCAUGCAUGGGGCUGCCUGUCUGGGCCCCCUCUCCUCCUUCCAGAUCAGUGCUGCAUUCACUCCACUGAACUCUGCGUGUCUCGUCUGGAAGUCAUACUUGGACUUCAAACAAAAAUCAAAGUCAUUCAUAAGAAGCUUGCCCUGGCUGAUUUGUCCCUGGAAGACCAGAAAUAGGACUGUUCCGCCCGGCAUCGCUUUCAGCACAGAUUUUAGAACCAAAGCCAGAUGAGAUGCAUUUUCUUAUCCCGUAUGAUGGAAGAGCCAUUUUUAAUUUCCCAUUCUGCACACCGAUUUGUCCCUGACAUGACAGUUAAGAUCACUGUAUGAAAGCCCGAAUGACUUUCCAUGUGGAAUUUAGAGUCAAAACCAGAUGACUUUCUCUUAUUUUGUAUAGUAGAAAAGUGCCUCUUUUUUUAAAAAGAAAAAAAACUUUUUUUGCACACCAAUUUACCCCUGGAAGAAAAGAACUAGAAAUUUCAUAGCCUGAAUGAUAUUUAGCAUGGAACCCGGAGUCAAAAUCAUAUGGAAGACUUUACUUUUUCUCUAAUGGGAAGGACGUCUUUCCCCCCACCAUGCCAAUUUGCUCUUAAAAAAUCAGAAUGAGAAGCGCUGAAAUUGUAAGAGUUUUUUUUUUUUUUUCUUUUGCUUCAAAGAAAGCCCAUUUUUUUGCAUUCUGGACUUUUUCCACCUGACAGAAUCAUGUCAGGAUAUAAACGGUCUCAUUGCUUGGACAAUGACUGCGUGUAGGUGAUUCUAAACUGCAGAUUAACAGAUCUUUGAAAUCUGUUUUCUGUUUUAAGCACUGUUCAGUUUAAAAUUUCUCAGAACUGCAGAGAAAUGCUCACCAUCCAUUCCUCCACCCCCUCCUCCUCUUCCUCCUCCUCCUCCUCCUCCUCUUCCUUUUUACCCUACAGUUGCUGCUGAUAAAUUCCCUGUAAAUGGCCAAUGACUGCCAGAUGCCAGAAUGGUUGUGCUUAAAAGGAGACUGUUGCUGGCAAUAUCCUUCCUUCGAGCCAUCAUUUAACAAUAUUGCGUGAUUUGAAUCUCCCACUGAUCCCUACUGAGGUUCAGUUUUGAUUUCCUUCUAAAACUCCAUCUUCUUGGACUCUGUCUCCUCAUUCUCAGUGCUGGUCUUAAUCCAAUAAUAUGAUUGUGCUUACAUAAAAUACUUUUAUAACCAUAUAGACAGGUUAAAACCACAUGGAAAAAAUGGAAAGAUACUUUUGUUUUGAUGUAUUUUUUUAAAAAAACUGUUGUAUUUAAAUUGUGCAAUCCAGGAUGAGUUUUGCUGUAUUGUUUACUUGGAUUUGGAGCAAGCAGAGUGGUUCUUAAGACCCAGUCUGUCUUGUUGGUGUUUAAUGCAAACCUCUGAAAAGCUAGAAUAUUCAGAUGGGGCAAAGAAACUGGUUGUUGAAUCCACUAUUUCAGUCUCAGGUCCUUCUAACUAAUGUUUAGGGAUUAUUAUUACAAAUGAGUGUUGAGUAGUGAUUCCCAACCUUGGACUCCAUGUUGUUGAUUAGCAACUCACAUUAUUUCUAGUCUGUAGUCAGGCAGAGUGGAUUAUGGCGUUAAUAAAAGAAUUAAAAUA